GAUGGGGAGAACAAUUCCAGCAUAGUGAAGGUGACUGGCUGAAAGCCGAUCAACGACUCUGAUGGCGAGUGAGAGUCAAGCGAUAAGAGCGAAUCAUCGAACAACUUCCAUGGCUUCAGAUCAUCAAACCGCGUUUCCACCGAUCGACUACUGCAUCUACGCCGCAUGCUGGAGGAGACGUUCCCUUUAAGUCUGCGACGAUCUUCACAGGCGAAUUCAGAUGAACAGGCAUCAAUCAUUGCGGUGUAGUUUUCUUUACAAAGUGUAGAGCUCGGGUGGAUAUCGUAGAUGCUUACUUGUCUGCCUGCUGGUCAAUUUCAGUGGCCAUCUUCCUAUGUUCCUUGAAGACGGACGAGUUCCUGAAUCUGAUGUGCGACUUGAAGUUUCUUGAAGAUUUUUGGCUGCGAGAAACUUAAUCCUGCGCCUCUUGCAUCCUGGAAUUCUGAGUUUCUGGUGGAGUCAUCCCUCGGGAGACUGUUCGUUUGCCUGUCAGUAUUGAAGAGAAGGGGACGGGGGUUCGAUCGAUAUGGGGUCUGGACAGGUGAUGGUGAUGCUGCUGCUGCUGUCAUGUGUGGCCUUCGAGCCGGCGGAUGGUGCGUUCUUGUCGUGGUCCGAAUCGGUGCUUCAGUUGUUCAGUACUGCAGAGCAACCAAGUGCUUGCGGCCCGAAGGUGGGCAUUGAGACACCCAAGUGCAAGGUGAUAUUGAAGAAGAGGGAUUACGAGCUCCGGAGGUGCAACAGCAAAGAGAUAUGGGUGGAGACAAUGUUGGAGAACUCAACCUACGAGUCUGCAACUAUCACAGGCUUUUACCGUUGCACGAACUCUCUGGGCUUUGAGAUAACCGCUCCGGUGUACAUUACACCAGUUCCUCGUUCGAACGGGUACAAGGUGGCUUUCUUUGUGUCUAGCAGAAUCAAAAAUGUCAACGAUUUGCCAACCUCAACAGAUCCCGAGGUUUAUUUCUACCGACCUGAGGGAGCUGUGAAGGCCGUCCUUGGUCCUUUCGGAGGAUUUCCCACCGACAAGGACUACGCAGCCAAGGUUGUCGAGUUGAAGAAAGCGCUGGACAGGGAUGGACUCAAAUACGACGAGAAGUCUACACUUUUUGCCGAUUACAGCAGCCCACUGCAGUUCCGCAAUCGGAAGCAGGAAGUCCAUGUGAACAUCAUCUCUCACAAUGCAUUCGAAAGGCUGCAUGUUUUAAAGUGGCUCCCUCAGUGAACAUAAGCUCCAUGAUUAUACGCCAUGUUUGUGUUUUGUUUCAUUUCUUUUUCCAUCAUCUUAUUGCUGCUCUUGUGGAAAGACCAUUUCGAAACGAUCGCAUCCAGCUUGAGCAAAGAGGUCGUCUUCGAUGUUCCGCGAAAGAGCAUAGUAUUGCAGACCUUACCCAUCCACUGGGUUGUCAUGCUCCUCCUCCUCACGAAUCGAUCGAGGACAUCACAGAGAAACCAACUCAAAUUUAUAUAUAUAUUUUUUCCCUUGAUCACUUUGAUUUGGUGAGUGGAGGCAAGACCAGCCAAAUGUGGAAGAAAAAUGGAUUGCUCGAACUUUUCUAUUACUUCCCUAAAUGUUGCCCCCAAACCUUGAAGACACCGAUCAAUCAACGCGUGAAAUUAAUGCGUCUCUUUUUCGAGGGGGGGAAAAACUCGUUUCCUGUUCGAACCUUGGCAAGGUUUAGUGAGAUUUCAUCUCGGUCGAUGCCAACCCCAGUCUUGUCAGCAAGUUUCCAGCAUAACUAAAAACUCUUUGUCUCUAUGGGAAACUCAUUCUGGAAAGAUUCAAUAAGCUUCGGAAUACAAAUGCGUAUGAUCUAGAGGAGGUUUCGAACACUUCGUACAACACUUACCUUCUCAUGGAAUAACUUGGCUAAAGAGCAAAGUUUUAGGGCUAAUGGGCAAGACCCAUCUUUUGUGAAGCACUUGGGUUGGAUUGUAAGUGUUUCGAACACAGUGGUUGUAGUCGUCGAUUCCAAUUAUAAUAUUGAUUUUGAGGAAGGAACUUUUGGCCAAAUAUAAUUAACACAAAAGCAUUCUUUUA